GCAGGCGCAGCGCGGGCGCCAGUGGGCGGAGGUGGUCGGGAUGAGUGGAGAAGGGACGGAGGUCGCUGUGAGUUGUGAAGCCGUCGCGGGAGGAGGAGGCGGCAGUGGCGGCGGCAGUGGCGGCAACGGCAACAAGAAGAGGGACUCGCUAGGGGCCGCGGGCUCACCGGCUCACCUCAUUAUCAAGGAUCUUGGAGAAAUUCACUCAAGGCUGUUAGAUCACAAGCCAAUUAUUCAAGGCGAAAUCCGUUAUUUUGUGAAAGAAUUUGAAGAAAAACGUGGUCUUCGAGAAUUGCGAGUUCUUGAGAAUUGGAAGAAUAUGAUCCAUGAAACAAAUGAACAUACUCUUCCCAAAUGUAGAGAAACAAUGCAAGACAACUUAAACCAAGUUCUCCAGAGACUGCAAGCAGUUACUGACUCAGUCUGUAGACUCCAACAGAGGGAGCAGGAACGAAAACAGAUUCAUAAUGACCAUUUAAUAGCUAGUGAAAACCGGCAUGUAAUCCAGUGGGAUGAUUUCAUGAAAGAACAACACAUCGAACAGGCUGGAGUGGAUGAAGAGCACAGAAAAGCUGUGGAGAGGCUUAAAGAACAAUAUGCUGAGAUGGAGAAGGACCUAGCAAAAUUUUCAACCUUUUAAGACCUUGAAACACAACAGUGACUAAUAAAAUAUUAACUUCCCCCAAAGAACUAACUCUUCCCACCAAACCAUAUAGCCUUUGCUUCAAGCUUAGCAAUAUAUUCAGUGGUAUUCAUAUCCAAAGAAAGAAACUUCUACUGGAGUCUUAAUGAAAUGUUUAGUGGAAGAAGAGUGCUAUAUCUUUCCAGUUUAAGUGCCUAUAUACGAUUUUUUGAAUGGGCAGUAGUAGGAGAAAAAUGGGAUCAAUGUACUUUAUGUUAAUCAGAACUGGCCUUUUUUAUUAUCUCAGAACUGUAAGUAUAGACUUCUUAGAAAAAUAAUUCAUUCUUACAGGGUUAAUAUUAGCUUGUUAUUGUGGCUUAUAAAAUAGAUAUAAUAGUUGCCUAUUUAGUCUCCUUGGCUAUUGGAAGAAUGUGUGAAGUGUUACCCAUGAGUGAUGUAAGAACAACUAUCCUUGGAACAGAGAUCACACUCAUGAGAAGUUCGGCUAUGGCAAAGGUGGCCACGGUGGUCUGUGAAUGGCCUGAAAGGUUACAGAUUGUGCAGUGCACUGUAAUGCCACAUGUUUCCCUGAUGACAAGAUAUACUCAUUAAAUUUUGUGGCCUUCUAGCAAUUAAUAUUUUCAACUUUUAAAACAUGCUUAGAAGGAAAAGCUUACCAAAAAUAUAGUUGAAUUUUAGCCUUUCCAAAAACGAUAAUCUUGCCCAUAAUAUUUACCUCAUUUUUGUGUCUGUUUUGCAGUAUGUGAGCUUUGUAAGACAAGUAAUGUCUAUAUGUGUUUCAACUGCUUAAUGAGUCAUCAGCAAAAUCUGCCAAGGGGUCCCUCUGGAACCUUAUAAAGAUUCUGGCUCUGAAUACACCAGAAGUAUUUGCCCACGUGGCAAAUGACCCAUGUUAAAUGUAAAACCGUUUUAGUAUUUAAUGUCUGUUCUCAUAAGCAGGUGUAUUAUGAUGAAACAUGUACCAACUCUGUCAUCACUGUGCUUUUCAAAAAUCUGCAUUUAACAGUCUAAUUGAGGAAUUAAGUUGAUUUUUUAUUUGCCAUAAAUGAAGCCAAAUUAAGUGCAGUAUUUCAAGAGAUUUAUGGCAAAUGAAUUUGAGGUAUGGAUCUUUCAACUAUUUUUUUUAUUGCUCUUCAAUAAAGAAAGGCACAAGAAAGAAAAUACCCAACUCUCUCAUGUUAUCUCAGUGUUGCUGGUGGAGAAAAGUGACAAUGCUUGCUUGUGUAAAUUUAUGGCUCACUGUCAAAGCUUCAUUCUUGGCUGUAUGUUGAAAAUGUGAUUAAAGUUAAUAGAGGAGAUGAAA